AACACAUUGCCACACAAACUAAGGGUGAUUUUUCGUAGCAACAGUUCGCAAAUUCCACCACGAAUUUAAAUACACCUGGUUCCCACUUUCAUUUUCAUUUGCGUCCCACCUUUUGCGCCUCUUUUCUUUGUCUACAGCGUUUGCAACAAAACUAUGACUACAACCAUGACUCGCGGUAAGGUCCUCGUGGUGUCUAACAGAUUGCCAGUUACCAUCAAGCGUGCCCAAGACGGAUCCUACACCUACUCCAUGUCCCUGGGUGGGUUGGUCACCGGGCUUCAGGGAUUGAAGAAAUCUACCGAAUUCCAGUGGUUGGGAUGGCCCGGGUUGGAAGUCCCGGAAGACGAACAGGAACGAGUUAAUCGCGAUUUGAAAGAAAAGUUCAACUGUACUGCCAUUUUCCUUUCCGACACCAUCGCCGACCUACACUACAAUGGGUUCUCCAACUCCAUCUUGUGGCCAUUGUUCCACUACCAUCCUGGGGAAAUGAACUUUGAUGAGAAUGCCUGGGCCGCCUACAUCGAGGCCAACAGAACAUUCGCCGUGGAGAUCGUGAAACAGGUCAAGGACAACGACAUGGUCUGGGUUCACGACUAUCACUUGAUGCUUUUACCACAAAUGUUGCGAGAAGAAAUUGGCCAAUCAAAGAAGAAUAUUAGACUCGGGUUUUUCUUGCAUACCCCAUUCCCUAGUUCGGAAAUCUACCGUAUUCUCCCCGUGAGAAAAGAAAUCUUGGAAGGGGUAUUGAGUUGUGACUUGAUUGGAUUCCACACCUAUGACUACGCCAGACAUUUCCUUAGUUCUGUUUCGAGAAUUGUCCCUAAUGUGACUACGUUGCCGAACGGAAUUCAGUUCCAAGGAAGAAGCAUUUCCAUCGGUGCAUUCCCUAUUGGUAUCGACGUGGAUAACUUCAUUGACGGGUUGAAGAAGCCUAGUGUCAUUGAACGAAUUGCCCAACUUAAAGAAAAGUUUGAAGGGUGCAAGGUUAUAGUUGGGGUUGAUCGUCUUGAUUAUAUCAAGGGUGUUCCACAAAAACUCCAUGCGUUUGAAGUUUUCCUUACUGAGAACCCAGAAUGGAUCGGCAAAGUUGUUCUUGUUCAAGUUGCUGUUCCUUCUCGUGGUGAUGUUGAAGAAUAUCAAAGUUUACGAGCAACCGUGAAUGAGUUAGUUGGUCGAAUAAACGGACAGUUUGGUACUGUUGAAUUUGUGCCUAUCCAUUAUAUGCAUAAGUCCAUUCCUUUUGACGAAUUGAUAAGUUUGUAUAACGUCAGUGAUGUCUGUUUGGUUAGUUCUACAAGAGACGGUAUGAACCUUGUCAGUUAUGAAUACAUUGCUUGUCAGCAGGAACGUAAAGGGGCAUUGAUUUUGUCGGAAUUCGCCGGGGCUGCCCAAUCCUUGAAUGGGGCAAUUAUUGUCAAUCCUUGGAAUACCGAAGAGUUAAGUGAUGCCAUCAAGGAAAGCUUGACCUUGCCUGAUGAGAAGAAGGAAAUCAAUUUCAAGAAAUUGUUUGGGUAUAUUUCCAAAUACACUUCUGGAUUCUGGGGUGAGAGUUUUGUCAAGGAAUUGUACAAGGUUAAUUCAUCCACCAAGAGAAUCACCUCCAAAGGUGUAUAGAAUUAUAGAGAGAGAAGAAGAAGAAGAAGAUGAUGAUGAUGAUGAAGAAAAAGAAAAAAAAAAAGAGGACUAUGCUGUGGCUGAAUAAUUGUUAUCAAUUCAAAAGUCAUAAAUAAUAUAUGCGUAAUAACUAGGAUAAAUGCAGUAGUUUUAAAUCUCUUUGUAUGUCCAUUAAACAAACUUGUCAAGUUCAAUCCACUAAAUCAUUUUCCAAGUCAUGACUAUGCAAGUUUUCUUGGGUAAGCAAGUUUUGUUUUGUAAAUGGUAAUUUAUUACUCUCGUUCUUGUUUGCGGUUUUGCUAUCGAUCAAUACACCCUUGGGUUGUGUGGAUGCCAUGGGCACAGUCACCACCUGGGGCCUUAUUCCUAGUCUGGAUAAUAAUGAAUUGUUUAGAUACGGACUAGGUAACGAUUUCUCGACAAGUAUACUUUCAUUGUAUAAUGAUGAAUCCGGUAAAUUGGCCGCCUUAUGGAAAAAUGGCUUAUUCCUGUGUUCGGCUGAUGCAGUAGGUGGUGCUGAUCGUGCUUUGGUCUCUUGUGUCGGUAUUUGCCGCGAUGAGGAUGGUGCUGAAAUUGGAGUUUGUGAAGAUGUCGUGGAUGAAGAAGAUUCAGAUUUAUAGUGAGAUACAUCUUCUUCAAAUGCUUUGGCUGAGCUGAAUGCCGUCAUUAAAUAUGGAAGUUCUUCGGUGAUGGUGGUUGGUUUAGGUUGUGACCACGAUGAAAGGGAGUCCUUGGCUUGGUGGGUAUGUUGUCUUGUUAUAGAAUGUACCAACGGUAGUUGCUGAGAUGAGUAUACUGAAUUUGUGAUGUCUGAAUCGGAAUAGUCAAAGAAAUCUUCAUCAGUACUGUGAUCUUCGGGUGGAGAAGGAAUUUCCGACAUGGGUUCUUGAACCUCGUCGUCUGACGAGUAAUUGUCUUCGAUGGUACGGGACAAGUCAGUCAUCAUUCUUUCCAACUUGAAUUUUUCAAACAUCUGUUCCAUAUCGUUGAUCACGGCGAGACAUUCGUAUUUAGCUUCGAAAUCUCCCGAUUCAAUCGCUUCAUUCAAUUGACGGAGUAAACUGACAAUAAAUGACUUGUAGGUUUCCACGGUUGACUCGUCCUCGUCCAUGAGCUCCAAUUCUUGUCCAAUGGAAAUUAGUUUAGCCUUCAGAUAAGAUAUGGUUAAAUGUUCGGUAAUUUCGUUC